AUGAGUCAAGAGUCCCUUGUGCCAUCGAACCGACCCAAGUCUACAAGUCAACCAAAGGCAUUCAAAGAACAGAAAUCACUCACAGAAAGAAUUGAAGAAUCACGAAAAGUGAGAGAGAAAUAUCCAGAUCGUGUGCCCGUGAUUUGCGAGAAAUCAGCCGUUGAGAAGGAUUUACCCUCCAUUGAUAAGAACAAGUAUCUAGUUCCGGCCGACUUAAACGUUUCACAAUUUGUCAUGGUUGUACGAGGAAGACUCUCAGUUGAUGAAACUACCUCGCUAUUCUUCUUUGUCGGAAAGGAUGUGCUCCUCAUGCAAACGGAUCUCAUGGGAUCUAUUUAUGAAAAGUACAAGGAUGAAGAUGGCUUUUUAUACAUCUCCUAUUCGGGACAAAACACUUUGGGAGCUUUGGAAUAA